CUAGCUUAUGUCGAGUGGUUCACUGCGUUCACAUCACCUCAUGCUGACCAUGGUCUCUACAAAAUCUCACGAGCCUUAAAUCGAGAUAAGGAACGCCGUGCAAGCAUAAUACCAGUAGAUAGCCUAGAGCGAAGCUGUCAUUUAUUCCCUGACUUCGGACCAGUUGCACCACGGACAUGGACGAGUAGUAAUGUC